AUGAUCGCUAUUAUCUAUUGUACAUUGUCUAUGAUAGGGUAUUCCUUUCAACAUAGCACUUCAAAGCUCGACCAAGCUAAGUUUGCACCCCGCAUCGAUUACUUCACACUGCCACCUAGGUGCGGUCUGAAAAAAGGAUUCGCUAUGACUUUAAAAAUGAUUAUGUUUCUGUCGGCGACAAAGAUACUAACCGUGCUGACGCGACAGGCCGAUCGCGGGAAGGUGAGCGGGGAAACGGGCGGACCGCCGCGCCGCAUUCCAGCGAGGUGCAAACUUAGCUUGGUCAAGUUUUUCAAAGAUAUUUCUCUCGAGCGUUUGAGGAUUGAUGCUGGUAAUGUGGACUGGUCGUCUGUUUACAACUGCAAUGACAUCGACAGUAAAGUUUCUGCCUUCAACAACCUACUAUUAGAUCUCUACAACAACCAUGCACCUCUCAAGAGAAUCAGUUUUAAUUGUAACAGUAUUUAUGGCGACUAA